ACUCACUUAACAAUUUGGACCCGCAGAAGCAGAUCGCAACGACAAAUGAUAAAGUGAACAGGCCCCUUUAGUACAUAAACUUUACUGACGUUGACAGUUCCAAAAAAAAUUAUAAUUAAAAAACAUCCUAAUUUCUAGAAAUCAUCAAAGGAAGAAUAGUUUUAUGGCGAUUGGAAAUUUCUUGAAGCGGAACCUGGUGAGCAUAACGUUCCCAACACUAGCCAUUGCUGCUAUCUACUUUGACUGGAGUCAUACCCAGGAGUGGAAGAAGCGGCAGCAGAACUAAAAUGGGCCUGUUUGGCAUCACUACUCAAUACAUAUGGUUUGCUGUACCCUUAACUGGGUUCUUUAUUGGCAAGUUCUUGGAUGACCAGGAAACUCUACGUAUGACCAAGUUCAGGGAUAAGUCUUGUCUGUACGGAGGAAGAGUAAAGGAGGGUGACCCACCAUCCUGGCCUUGAGUUUUUAUUGUAUAGUAAUGCUUCUGUAAUAAAUUAUUAGUUCAAU